GUGAAUUCGAAAACAAAUCCAUUCAUAAAAGUAAAAAGUACGUUACAAUAAAAAGCAGCAUGCUGUGUAAACGUCAAAUGUUGUCAGUCGAAUAUUGAGUGAUAAGAGAAAAUUUUAUUUUGCCGAGAAAAGAACAUCGUCAUGAAUAACAUUACGAGCAAUUUUACAUGGACUCGUCAACUUGAGUGCCCACCAACAGUAUACAAUGAUUCGAUGAAGAAAAUAUUGUGCAAGGGAGUGCUGGAGUUUGUGUGGGAGGAUAUUUCCAAUUCUACAUUUCCUGUGGCGGAAACAUGUAAAAUAAGAAAAAAUAUUUUAUUGUACAAACUGAAGCAUGGAUUGAACGAUUCUACAAUUACAUCUAUAAAGCAUUUAAAUCAAUUAAAGGCUAAAAGUAAUACAUUGAAGCAGCAGAUAUCUACCUUGGAAGAUGAAUAUGAAGAACGAGAUUAUGUGGUCAGACAAAAAAUGCAACGGUUGAAAGACAUAAAGGACAUGCGUUCAAUGAUAAGUACAAGAAAAGAUAUCCUGAAACUAAAACAUGAUGAAACCAGUAAACAAUUGAAAGAUUGCGGUGUCAUGAGACAAGUAUGUCAACGUUUAAUGCCGAAUACUUCCAAGGAUAUAAGUCAACAAAAAUUGAGAGAGAAUUUGGAUACAAUAGCAGGCUUGCGUUCAACUACAAAUAAAAAAAAGCAAAUUUGGGAGAAGAUAUCGAAUUCUCUUGGUAAUAUCGAUAUACACACAUUAUGGACACAUUUGUAUCAAGCAUUAUCACAAGACUUGGACAAAUUAAUGAAGCUGGAGAUCAAAAAUGAUCCUAAUAGCUCAACUGUAGUGAGCGAAAAUAUAGAUAUUGGUAUUGCAAGAGCAUGUGGCCAAAAUAUAUGCAUGAUAUCAAAACGUAUAUUGUCUAAUGCUAAAGUUAAAAUAUACCAGCAACGUUUAAUGGAAUUCAUAGAAUUAAUCGAGUCGUUAUCUCAUAAAGAUGUUAACAUAUGGUUAGCUUUAAUAUUGGAGGUGAAAAAAUUAGAAGCUGAACAAGUAUAUUUACAAAACGAAGUACAGGGAUUGAAGAACAAUAUCCAGGACAACUUUUCACUUAAUCAUGAUAUAGCUCAGUUAACGACUGAUAUACAAACAGUUGAUGCACAGAUGGACGGAUAUAUAAAGGGUAUUCAGCAGUCUCUAGCCAUUUUCAACUCUGCGCCAUCGCUUAUACUUAAGGCCAAAGAGAAGUUGCAUUAUGAAUUACAAAAGAUAGUAGCGUUACAGUCCGACGAUUAUCCGAAAUGUUUGAAUAACGCGUUGGACAUCGAACUGGAUAUGUUUUAUAAUAAUUUAGAUCUCAAUGCUUUACGAAAAGUAAUAUUGAAAGGAGAUGUAGGACUAUACAGACACGCAAUCUGUAAUCUCAAUAAAGCCUCCAUUACCACAAUUAAUCCGCAAUGGAGGAUUAAAACUUAUUUUCCGAUGAUACAGAUGCCAAUAUAUUGCCUCAUAGAAUGCUAUAGGAAUGCGAUCGCCAAUAUAAUUUACACGAAGCUACAUAGUUUGGCAUCAAUCAAAGAUAUUGAUCAAUGUAGCAAUAGAUUAGUAUCACGAGAAAAAUGCGAUUACAAUAGCCUGGAGCUAUUAAGUUUUAGCAAAGUUGUUUGCGAUCAGGCGUGUGAAGAGAUCGAGCAUUUUAACGCGAUUUUAAGAGCUUGGGCAUAUCAAGAAGUACAAGAAGCGAUGGCACUUGUUGAAACUACUGUAGACAAUGUGCUCUUUAAAGAUUGGUUGCAGCGUUAUAGCUUAUUAUUGUAUAUGAUACAAAAUGGUAAAUGAUCGAAAUAUGCAUCCGCCAUUUAUCUAUACCUAUGUUAUUAACACGCGCGCGUGUGCAAAGUUUUUUUAUAAAUAUAAUAUUUUUAUAUACCAAAUAGAUAAGUUUGUACAAAAGUUUCAGAAAUAGGAGAAAAUGCGAUAAAAUGAUAAUAUAAAUUCUUCCAUCAAAAUUAAAUAUUUCGCGAGAUAUAAUUGGUAAAAAUAAUAAUAAAUUAAAUAAUUUGCAAAUUCUAAAAUUUAUAGUGCGUGUCAGAGGAUAAAGAAUAAUAUAUAAUAUCAAUAUGGAAAAUACACAGGAAUAGUAAAUAGACUUAUAUUUUUCGCAAAAAUAUGUCACGUAAUACACGUAAUGAACCAAUUGUACGAUUAAUUAAUUUUUGUUACAAUAAAAUAUAGAGUUCUCCCGAUGUAAGAGCACUUGGAAUUUUCACAGAUCACUCUCUCACGAGAUUUGCGGCGCAUGCCCAUAAAUCGCUUUCGGCGUAUCCCACCUCGACGAGUCACUUGCAACAAAAUAACUUCAAGUUCUCGACCGACUGAGAAUAAGUUCGCCGGAUUGUCCAUAUAUUUCGCUUUUUGUACCAUACAUAUGCAUUCAAUAUCUAUUUUAUGGUUGCUGUAAUUGUAUUUUGGCCGAUAUUUAAUUAAGAAAAAAAUUCAACGAUGAUAUUCCACAAACUAUAAAUUGUAAAUUUAAAUAGUCGCAUGAAUGCUCACGUACGGUACAUAUGUAUAAAAUUAUUGCAAAUAGAUUGCGAUCGAAGAGCUUAUUAUCAAUUUAGAUAACAGAAGAAAUUAAUCUUUGACAGAAUUAUGUUCCUUGUCAAUAAAAAUGAUAUGAGAUCUGGCGCAAUAAAUAUUCAAGGAUAUAUUUCUACUUGUUUAUAAAAGGGAAGAGAAUAUGUUAAAUCAAGUUUAUUUAUAUAGAAAUAAGCUCUUCAAUUGCACACGCCAUAAUCUACAUUAUUCCAAUUAUAAGAUUCGAAGGAAGGGCAGUAAUCGAACUGGAGGUUUAAGAAAAGUCGAAACCUCAAGUCGUUUCUUUGACACAAUUUUUUUUUUUCUUUUUCUUUUUUCUCUUAUGUACGUAGCCGCAACUCUAUAACUCGUCCAUCCUAGCGCGAUUUUAUUUAUACAAUUUUCGCCUCUUAUACAUACACGCAUGUGGAUUUAUAUAAAUUAGCACUCUAACCCAUCAAUUCGAUUUUUUUUUUUUUUUUUAAUCAUUUCGAUAGCGCGAAAGUGUAGCUCGGCGACCGUCGCACAUCGAACUCUCUCUUCUUUUAACGUAAUAUAAAACUAACUUACCUAUAUGUACAAGACGCUAUGUAUUAUAUUAUAUGAAAUGCGCGAAGCGAGCGAGACACGCCUGCUGUUUUGAUCAUCGUUUUAAUUCUUUGACUUCGGUUUAAGAGAGCUUAAAAGAACUGAUAAUAUGAAUAUUUCCAAUCUUCAUAUCCAAUUUUUGACAUACAAAUUAAACAUUGCAAAGAAAAUACUUAUCAGUCUUUUUUCAACUCAUACUCAUUUUUUUAUAAUUUAAUUUAUCGAUUAUUGUCUUAUCUUAAAUAACAUCAUCCUACUUAAAUCGAUAGUCCAAAUUCUUUCGAGGAUGUGGUUCAAUAUUGCUGCAUAUCCUUAAGAGAUUCUCAAUACAAGUCAAAGAACUGACAAUUAUAGCAGAGCAAUCUAACGCACUCGCUUCGCGUAUUCACAUGCGUUAAAUAGUGACAACCAAAAACAGCGAAAUGAUCCGCGAUGAAGGCGUCGUGAUGCCAGGACCGGACGUCGACCAUUUUGGGGACACGAAGGAAGAAGGAGGAAAAGUAGAGGGUCAGAGUCCCUCUCGCGAGUCGACAAUCACAGAAGUCGGUUAUUGAUAUUUCUAACCGAUGUUUUUGAGCUUUAAGUAUUGAGCAAAGGCACGCCUAUCUUCUCAGGACACGCUGACAGGAUCGUAUCCUUCUUACUCCCGUUUCGUUCAACACUAACAUCCGUACUCUUGAGGAUUUACGAUUCGAUUGGGUAAGCUUAAGCUGAUUCAUUACGGACUGUUUUAAUUGUAUAAAAAAAUUAAUUCAUAAUAUUAUAUAAUAAAAUAAACUCCAAUUUUUAAUUUGAUUAAAUAAUAUUUUGGAUUAUAAAUAACCAUUGUGUGUGAUACUAAUGUACAGUAAAUAAAACUUUUAGGAUCUACAUAAUAGCGAAAGAGAAAGAGAGAGAGAAAGACGAAUGAGCAGGGUUCAGUAAACUCUGACGAGACAAUAAUUCGCAUAGCAUCGCUUUAAUAUUGCGAAUAUAACCGGAUGUCCAACGACCGUGACUUUUAUCACAAAGAGCAUUCCUCGUGGUCCUUCUACGCUGAUGAAAUCUCGCAUAAAAAUCCAUUCGUCUGAUCAUCCAGCUCGGUUAAGGUCACCAGACUCUUUUGACGAACCAUGUGUUUCUACGCACGACCAAUAUAUAAACAAAAGGAUCUCUCAUUUUUUUUUAUGUAACGGUUUUUUAUGUACCGUGUCAAAAUGCGGCUAUUGUAAUUUACCGUUAUUCACGUAAUUUCUUCUUUUACAUAACGUGAUCGCGUCCGAUACAUUCCCGUAUAUCGCGAAUUUCUACCAGGAGUACACACGAGCGAGCGAUCAUAAAAUAUUGGCAGAGUUUAUUUUUAUCGAAAUGGAAAGGACAUUUUUCCCGACAUCGUGGAGAAAGGGACGAUUGUCGAAGACGAUCAUCCAAGUAUUGUAUUUCCAAUUUGCGAAAGCGGCGAAUAAGGAAUGCUGAUGCGAUAAAGACGCGAUGAUUCAUUGGCCGACGUAACUACCGGGAUUCCCAGAAAGAUAAUUUUUAUUGUGUCGUAUUCAUUGCGUUCUUUCCCGAUUCUUCUCUAUUUCUUUUGUGUAUAACUUCAUCAAAGUCACCUAACUUGUUCCUUGAUGCUACAACUAUAAACGUCAGCAUACAAAGAUUACGAAGUAAAUCGUUUUCGUGUAAUUCAAUUUAUAUUUAUUUCUGACAUAAACGACUCUUUUUUUCCUAUAAUCAUUGAGGAAAAUCAAUUUCCGCUCGCGAAUUGUCAGCUGAUUGUCAACCGAACUGUUCACUAUUCAAGCAGGACGUACAUUAUCAUCAGAGUAUCUAAAAAUUGGACACUUGUUCAUUCGCCUUGCUCAAACUUUCUAUGUUAAAAAAAUCGGCUUUUUACACUCGUAGGAGCAUCAAGAUACGAUCCGUCCGAGCGUCCUUCUGCUGUGCGAUUUUAGCUAGAGCUAGCUAACUAGAGAGUUGCCACGCGUGUCCGUAAAACAUCAAUAUUUGUACCGCGAGCCGAAAACGUGCGACGCAAUUUUGUACUUUUUUUUUUCUUUUAAUAAAGAAAUACGUCGAUCUCGGUGAAACCUUUGACCCUUCGCGUGAUAUUGACAGAUUAAGGAUAAAGAAAGAAAGAGAGAGAGAGAGAGA